AUGGCUGGAAUUCAACUCAAGGAAGGCAAGGCACCUUUCAAAGUCCCGUCAAUUGACGGAUCCUGCUUCACCUACUACAAGAUAAUCGGUGACCUUUCCAGUGGCAAACCUCCCGUUGUUAUAGCACACGGAGGGCCCGGCUCCGGCCAUGAAUACCUCCUCACUUUUGCAGGCCUCUGGCGGGAAUACGGCCUGCCGGUUGUGUUCUACGACCAGAUAGGCUGUGCCUCUUCUACACGCCUCCCGCAAAAGAGCGGAGAUCAGUCUUUCUGGCAGGAGAAAUUGUUCCAGGAUGAGUUGGACAACCUAUUAGACCACCUCGAGCUGCGUCGCGGCCCCGGCUUUCAUCUUCUCGGCCAGAGCUGGGGAGGCAUGCUUGCCGCGGCUUUCGCCGCCCGACAGCCUCAAGGUCUUCGAAGACUCGUCCUCGCCAGCGCAGUGGCAAGCAAGGAGCUCGGUAUCCAAGCCGUUCGCCUGUGGAGAGAUCAAAUGCCCCCGGCCAUGCAGCAGGCGCUCAACGAUGCUGAGCAGAAGGGUGAAUACGAUAGCCCCGCGUACAAACAGGCCUUGGGCUUCUACAAUAAGAAGCACGUGUGCCGUGCCGAUCCAUUUCCACCAACGGAGCUACUACCGGCUUUAAAGCAUCUGAUGGAGGAUACUACCGUGUAUCGCACAAUGAAGGCGGAGGUUCAGAUCAAAGAAAUUAGGCAAUCCUUAUUUUGCUUUGCCUUCUCAACCUCUUUCCCAGUAUCUCCUGAGCACCAGUAUCUACUUAUGCUUGUUAAACGCGUCUGUCUUGAUUGCACUUCUAAGUCGUCUAGGAACGGCCCUUCGCCUCUCACAGCAGACGGUUCGCUGAACGAAUGGACCGUCAUCUCCCGUCUCCCUGACAUCACUGCUCCGACAUUCAUCUACAAUGGCGAAUACGACACCUCGCAUAACAUCACCCAAGUUCCAUUUUUCGAGCUCAUCCCGCGAGUUCGCUGGAUUACGUUCCCAAACGGUGGUCACAUGUGCCAUCUAGAAGGUGAAGGAUUGCGAGAGGGGAUCCUUAAGGCCGUCGGCGAGUUCCUAACACAGGGGGAUCACUGA